UUAGUUUUCAAGGUCCCUUGAGAGGUGUAAUCGGGUAGAUAUAAUGUUUACAAAGCAAACCACUUAAAGCCUGUCCUCCGACAUUAGGUUAUUAGUUGAUUGACGGAAUCUGAAUGACGCACAACGCUUUCGGGGAGUUGCGGGUACAUCUUCGAACCCUCCAGUGGCUAGGAGUCCUGCGGUUUGGCAUCGACUUUGGUUUGGUGCGAAUAGAAGUUUCCGAAGAGCGCCGAGCCCGCUGGUUCAUGGCGGGUGUCAUAGGGUUUACCUGCAGCGUGAUCAUCUACAGCUGCUGCUAUCCACAUCACUUCACCAUGGGCAAGCACAACAAGACGGGAAACUGCUAUGCGCUGGUCAAUAUCCGUUCCUGUGCCCUGGCCACUCUGCUGGUGUACAUCCAGCUCUACGUUCGACGUUGUCGCUUCGCCAAGCUGCUGCAGUCGAUGAUGCGCUUGAACCAGAUGUGUCGGAGGGGCAAUGGAGUCUCCAACUUUGGCUCUCCCUACAUCCUUCAUCUGGCUUUGCUUGCGAUCUGCAUGCUAAACUACGCCCACGGCUACUGGGUGUCUGGCGUGGUCUGGUACACCAUUCCUGUUUAUCUCCUUCAGUACGGUUUCUCCUACCUCAGCCUGGGCCAGUUGGUUGUCCUCUUUGCCUGCUUCCAGCGCAUCCUCCACUCGAGUUUGAGGCACUACAACAGAUUGCUCAUGGAUAACCUAAAGUCAGGCUGGAGGGAGAGCCGGAAAUUCCAUGAAAACUUUUGCGAAUAUAACCAGUUGCUGUGGGUGUGCCAAGUGGAGAUUAACCACAGCUUCGGCAUGCUGUUGCUGCCCAUAACUGGCUUCGUACUUCUUAUAACGCCCUCGGGACCCUUCUAUCUGAUAUCCACCAUUUUUGAAGGCCGCUUCCGGACAACAUGGCGUUUUGUUUUCAUGUCUAUAACGGCCACCUUUUGGAGCCUGCCUUGGGUGAUAUUGCUGGUGCUGGCAAUGGGCACCACCAAUGUCCAAAAGGAGGUGAGUAAUCAGAUUUAAUAGUAAAAUAAGUGGUAACGGUCCUUAUAUUAUUUUUUGAAAAUUUUUCGAGACUCGGUAAAAUAGGUUUAACAUAAAAUAGCAUCGAGAAAAAGUUCAAAAAUAUUAAUUAACAGGAGUAGAAAUAUAUUACAUAUAGGAAUCCUUAAAUCCCUUGGGGCAUAUCCUUUUUUUGUGAAAGUAGCGCGACAAGGAAGGCUUAAUUUAAUAAAGUCGUACAUCAACAGCGAAAUCCAAUCAAUUACCGGGCAAAUAUUGACAUUUCGCUAUCCGAUGA